UGCGAUUAAGCAAUAGCUAACCGGACUCCGGUAAGGCAACGGCGAUUGAGAGAUAGCGGGCGUCCGAGAAAGUGACGGCUGUGGGUUGUGGCCAUUGACGAUUGAAGUAGCGAACUAGGGAACACUUUUCACCAAGAUCUUCAGAAUUCCAUUUUUCCAGUGAUUCACAUUGUGUGUUGAUAAGAGGGAUGCUGGAGAACCAUUACUUCUUUUGUGUGUCGAGCUGAGAAAUCCUUCUGUGUUUGAGCUGGGAGAUCCUUCUAGUCGGAGUUCUAGACCUGUCUAGAAGGGAUCGGAUCUGCUUCGGGGGUUGAACUCAUCGGCCGUCAGAUGAAAGAGGGCCUUGUAUGUUUGGAAAAUCGGCUGGGAGAACGAUGAAAUGGGCGACAUUGCUUAAAGACUUUAAGGAAAAGGUUGGCCUCUCUCAGCCUCCUUCCACUGUCUCCUCGCCUACUCAUGCUGCCACUUCGUCUCUUCCGGAUUGCUAUCCCAUUUCUGGCAGCCACCAUCUUGAUCUUGCCUCUUCUCCUUCGAGAGACAAACAUGAAUUGGAAUUGGACUUCAAAAGAUAUUGGGAAGAGUUCCGCUCAUCAAGUUUGGAAAAGGAGAAAGAAAAGGCCCUGAAUAUGACCAUUGAUGUUUUUUGUAGACUAGUAAGGCAACACGCAAAUGUAGCUCAAUUAGUUACCAUGUUAGUUGAGACACACAUAUUCUCUUUUGUUGUUGGAAGAGCAUUUGUAACGGAUAUUGAGAAGUUGAAACUUAGCAGCAAAACAAGAUCUUUGGAAGUAGAGAGAGUCUUGGGUUUUUUCUCUGAAAUCACUAAGGAUGGGAUCAGCCCUGGUGCAAAUUUAUUAUAUGCAGUUGAAGUCCUUGUUUCUGGGCCUAUUGAUAAACAAUCUCUUCUUGAUUCCGGGAUCUUGUGCUGCCUCAUUCAUACUCUCAAUUCUCUUCUUGGGCCUGACGGAAGUUGCCAAAAACUAUCUACAUGCCAUGGUACAGAGCAAGUUCUAACAGAGAACUGCCCCGGUGGUGAUGCUGCAUCACGUCGUCGGCUUGAGGUAGAGGGUAGUGUUGUACAUAUAAUGAAGGCAUUGUCUAGCCAUCCUUCAGCUGCACAAAGUUUAAUAGAGGACAACUCUCUUCAGUCACUCUUUCAAACAGUUGCUAUGGGCUCUUUAGUCGCCUUUUCUCAAUAUAAAGAAGGCCUUGUGCGAUUGCACACCAUUCAGCUCCACAGACAUGCAAUGCAGAUACUUGGUCUUCUCUUGGCCAAUGACAAUGGAAGCACUGCCAAGUACAUUCGCAAGCAUCAUCUGAUAAAAGUACUUUUAAUGGCUGUGAAGGAUUUUAAUCCUGAAUGUGGAGAUUCGGCCUACACAAUGGGUAUAGUGGACUUGCUUCUGGAGUGUGUUGGAUUGUCAUAUAGACCAGAUGCCGGUGGUAUCAGGCUUAGGGAGGACAUACACAAUGCACAUGGUUAUCAAUUCCUGGUUCAGUUUGCUUUAGUUCUUUCCAAGGAUCAAAAUUGGCAAACUUCGCAUUUGGAAUCUCUUCCAUGCCAAGAUCCUGCUUCAGGGGAUGACCUUGGAGCUAAUGCGGUUGAGAGCAAUGCAAUGAUGAAAAAGGAAGCAGAAACUUCACCAAAUAAUCUAUCCCCUGUACUCUCUAGACUACUCGAUGCUCUUGUUUGUCUUGCUCAAACCGGUCCUUUAAAAACCUCAAGAAGUGCUUAUGCUAAGCCCAGUGGGCACAACAGAAGUCGGACUUCGUCAUCUGACCGAAUAAGUGAUGAGUGGGACAAGGACAAUGACAAAGUAAAAGACCUUGAAGCUGUCCAAAUGUUGCAGGACAUUUUUCUGAAAGCUGACAGUAGAGCACUGCAAGCGGAAGUGCUUAACAGGAUGUUUAGAAUAUUUUCGAGCCAUAUUGAAAAUUACAAGUUGUGCCAGCAGUUGCGGACUGUGCCCCUACUUAUCCUCAACAUGGAUGGAUUUCCUCCAACUCUGCAAGAGAUCAUUUUGAAAAUUCUUGAAUAUGCAGUGACUGUGGUGAAUUGCAUACCCGAACAGGAGUUGCUUGCACUUUGUUGUCUGCUGCAACAACCAAUAACAUCUGACUUGAAGCAUACAAUUUUAUCUUUCUUUGUAAAACUUCUAUCAUUUGAUCAACAGUACAAGAAAGUACUGAGAGAAGUUGGUGUCUUGGAGGUUCUACUAGACGAUCUUAAGCAGCACAAUUUACUAUCUGGUCCACAACUGCACGAAGGUGAAUUUAAUCAGCUGGAUAAAAAAUCAAGCCCAAGCGGCUUCAAGAAACAUCUUGACAGCAAGGAUGCAAUCCUUUCUUCACCCAAAUUGUUGGAAUCUGGUUCUGGAAAAUUCCCUAUUUUUGAAGUGGAAAGCACAAUAGCAAUUGCGUGGGAUUGUAUGGUCUCUUUACUAAAGAAAGCAGAAGCAAAUCAGGCAACAUUUCGAUCAUCUAAUGGUGUGACGACUGUACUUCCUUUCUUGGUAUUUGACAUCCAUCGCCCAGGUGUCCUCCGUGCAUUGUCAUGCUUAAUUAUUGAAGAUGCUUCACAGUCACAUCCAGAGGAGUUGGGAGCAAUGGUUGACAUUUUAAAAAGUGGAAUUGUUACAAGUGCUCUAGGAUCCCAGUACAGAAUUCAAGAUGAUGCUAAAUGUGACAUAUUUGGAGCUUUGUGGCGUAUUCUUGGGGUUAAUAGUUCAGCUCAAAGGAUUUUCGGUGAAGCAACUGGUUUCUCUUUGCUAUUGACCACCCUCCACAGUUUCCAAACUGGGGAAGAACAAGCAAACAAGUCUCCUUCAACCAGACAUAUCAAGGUGUUCACAUACUUAUUACGUGUAAUGACAGCAGCAGUUAGUGACAACACUGUUAACAGGACAAAAUUGCAUGCUGUUUUAUUAUCCCAUACUUUCUAUGAUCUUCUCUUGGAGUCUGGUUUAAUAUGCGUAGAUUAUGAAAGGCAAGUAAUACAGCUGUUAUUGGAACUUGCCCUUGAAUUUGUGCUUCCACCAUUUCUGAUAUCCGAAGAUGGCACAUUUCCAUGCACCAAUGAAAAUGAAUCGGCUUUGCUUAUUGUUUCAUCUUCUGGCUCUUUUGUUCCUGAUCAUGAGCGAGUGUAUAAUGCUGGGGCUGUUAGAGUGCUUUUACGCAACCUAUUGAUGCUUACUCCAAAGUUACAGUUAGAUGUAUUGAGCAUCCUUGACAAACUUGCCCGUGCAAGCUAUUUCAACCAAGAAAAUUUAACAUCUGUAGGUUGUGUGGAACUUCUUCUUGAGAUGAUUUAUCCCUUCCUGUCUGGCUCAUCACAAAUACUAUCACAUGCUCUAAAAAUCAUAGAAGUUUUAGGGGCAUAUAGGUUAUCAACAUCUGAACUUCGAGUUCUUGUUAGAUAUAUUCUUCAAACAAGACUUGCUUCUUCUGGCCGCUUUCUCAUUGAUAUGAUGGAACAAUUGAUUCUCAGGGAGGACGUUGCUUCAGAUGAUGUUUCUCUGGCACCUUUUAUAGAGAUGGACAUGACCAAGAUAGGACAUGCCUCCAUUCAAGUUCCACUGGGCGAAAGAUCUUGGCCACCUGCUGCUGGAUAUUCUUUUGUAUGCUGGUUUCAGUUCCAAAAUUUUUUAAAAACACAGACAAGAGAGACCGAAGCAUUUAGAACUGGAUGUUAUAAGAAGCAGGCUAUAGCCAGUGGCCAGCAUCGCAAGCCACAUGUUUUGCGGAUAUUUUCUGUGGGAGAAGUAGAGAAUUCUAAUGCUUUCUAUGCAGAAAUUUGUCUUCAUGAAGAUGGAAUUCUUACACUUGCCACCAGCAGCUCUUCAUCCUUGUCAUUUUCCGGGUCAGAAAUGGAGGAAGGCAGGUGGCAUCACCUAGCUAUUGUGCAUAGCAAACCGAAUGCUUUGGCUGGCCUCUUCCAGUCGAGCAUUGCGUAUGUAUACCUUAACGGGAAACUAAGACACACUGGGAGACUGGGAUACUCCCCAUCUCCACCGGGAAAGUCUCUGCAGGUAAUCAUUGGAACACCUGUUACAUGUGCAAGGGUUAGUGACUUGUCCUGGAAACUUAGGUCCUGCUAUCUAUUUGAAGAGGUUCUUUCCCCUGGAUCUAUCUGUUUCAUGUACGUCCUUGGUAGAGGAUAUAGGGGGCUAUUCCAGGACACUGAUUUGUUGCAAUUUGUUCCUAAUCAAGCCUGUGGUGGUGGCAGUAUGGCCAUUUUAGAUUCUUUGGAGACUGACAUGCCUUUGACGUCCACAACACAGAAGAUUGACAAUGCUGGCAAGCAAAGGAGUUCCAAUGCUGAUCGAAGUGGUAUUGUUUGGGAUUUUGAAAAAUUAGGAAUCCUUUCGCUCCAGCUUUCUGGCAAAAAGCUCAUAUUUUCCUUCGAAGGAACAAGCACAGAAGUUCAACGAGCUUCUGGAACUCUGUCUGCGCUCAAUCUAGUUGAUCCUAUGUCGGCUUCUGCAUCUCCUAUUGGUGGAAUCCCCCGUUUUGGACGACUAAUCGGUGAUGUCCAUAUAUGUAAACGGUGCGUCAUUGGAGAGACAAUUCGCCCAAUUGGUGGCAUUGCUGUUGUUCUAGCUCUUGUUGAAGCUGCUGAGACUAGGGACAUGCUACAUAUGGCUUUGAUGCUACUUGCAUGUACACUUAAACAAAAUCCUCAGAAUGCUAGAGAUAUGCAGCAAUUUAGAGGAUACCAUCUGCUUGCUCUAUUCGUGCACAGAAGGAUGUCAUUGUUUGACAUGCAGUCACUUGAGAUAUUUUUCCAAAUUGCUGCUUGUGAGGCAUCUUUCUCUGAACCCAAAAAGUUGGGUACUACUCAGAAAAUUAUACCAACUACACCAACCAUUAGUGAAGGCGACACGGAUGACCUAAACCUAUCAAAAUUUAGGGAAGAAUUUUCUUCAGUUGGAUCUCAAGGAGAUGCAGACGAUUUUUCUGCACAAAAGGAUUCAUUCAGUCACAUUUCAGAGCUUGACAACACUGACAUGCCUACAGAAACUUCUAAUUGCGUCGUCCUUUCAGAUGCUGACAUGGUUGAGCAUGUCUUGUUGGAUUGGACUGUAUGGGUAACAGCCUCAAUCCCAAUACAAAUUGCUCUACUGGGCUUUCUUGAAAACUUGGUUUCGAUGCAUUGGUACAGGAAUCACAACCUGACAAUUCUCCGUAAAAUUAACCUUGUUCAACACUUGCUCGUGACUUUGCAAAGAGGUGAUGUUGAAGUUCCUGUGUUAGAGAAGUUUGUUGUAUUAUUAGGUGUGAUUUUAGAAGACGGGUUUCUUCCAUCUGAAUUGGAACAAGUUGUUAGGUUUGUGAUAAUGACAUUUGACCCCCCAGAGCUUUUGUCACGCAGUCAAAUCAACCGAGAGUCCAUGGGAAAGCACAUUAUUGUCAGAAACAUGUUGCUUGAGAUGCUCAUUGAUCUGCAGGUGACCAUUAAAUCAGAAGAGUUGCUUGAGCAGUGGCAUAAAAUUGUUUCCUCAAAACUUAUAACUUACUUUCUUGAUGAAGCUGUUCAUCCUACAAGCAUGAGAUGGGUAAUGACUCUUCUUGGGGUCUGUCUUGUAUCUUCUCCUACCUUUGCACUUAAGUUUCGCUCAAGUGGGGGGUAUCAAGGUUUGACAAGGGUGCUUCCUAGCUUUUACGAUUCCCCUGAUAUAUAUUAUAUACUAUUCUGUCUGAUAUUUGACAAGCCAGUAUAUCCAAGACUUCCUGAAGUUCGCAUGCUGGACUUUCAUGCGCUUAUGCCUAGUGAUGGAAAUUAUAGAGAGCUGAAAUAUACAGAGUUGUUGGAGUCAGUGGUUGCCAUGGCAAAGGCGACUUUCGAUAGGCUGUGUAUGCAAUCUAUGCUAGCUCAUCAAACAGGCAAUCUUUCCCAAAUUAGUGCUGGCAUUGUGGCAGAGCUUGCAGAUGAAUAUACAGACUGGUCAGGGGAGCUUCAAGGCGAAGCUCUUGUGCACAAGACUUAUGCCGCACGCUUAAUGGGUGGAGAGGCUUCAGCCCCUGCUGCUGCUACAUCAGUUCUGAGAUUCAUGGUUGAUUUAGCAAAAAUGUGCCCUCUGUUCUCUGCAGUCUCUCGGCGUUCUGAGUUUCUUGAAGCUUGUAUUGAUUUAUACUUUUCUUGUGUGAGGGCUGCUCAUGCUGUUAAAAUGGCAAAACAACUCUCUGUUACUGCUGGAGAAAAGGCACUUGAUGAUGGUGAUGAAACUUGUAGCUCCCACAAUACAUUUUCAAGCGCACCUCAUGAACAGGAACUAUCAGGUAAGACCUCUCUAAGUUUGGGAAGCUUUCCACCGGGACAAGUGAGCUCCAGUUCGGAAGACAUGUCUAUUUUGCCAAAGAAUGGUACUGGAGAUGCAGGAGAGGUCACUAUUUCUUCAUACCAGAAGGAUUUGAAAAAAGAUGCGAAGGACGAUGUACAUAAUAGUGCUACUCUGAAUGGUGAAGUGGCUGAUCUUUCCUCCACUAUUAGCAGCAACGAGUUCAACUUCCGUGAUAUGAAGAUCACUCUAGAUCCUAUUGCACAAUCUGAGUCACAGAGUUCAGCAUCCUUUACAAACAUUGGAUCUCCUGUUUUUUCUGAGAAAUCCUUUUCUAAGACCCCAUUAGCAACUUAUUCAUCGCCAGUAGUUGCAUUGACAUCUUGGUUGGGUGGUGGUAAUCACAACAAUGAUAAUAAAGGCCAAAUUGUUUCUACUCCGUCCAUGCUGUCCUAUGCAUCCUUUAGUGAUAUUGAUUCAUCGGCGGACACAAAAUCAGGCUCUCAAGUAUUCACUAUUAGUUCUAAACUAAUGCUAGAAGUGGAUGAUUCGGGCUAUGGUGGUGGCCCAUGUUCUGCUGGAGCCACUGCUGUUUUAGACUUCAUGGCAGAAGUUUUAUCUGGGUUGUUGACUGACCAAAUGAAAGCUGUGCCUACCAUUGAGAGCAUGCUGGAGAACAUUCCAUUACAUAUUGACGUCGAAUCUGUUUUGACCUUCCAAGGAUUGGUGCUUAUUAGAUUGAUGAACUUCUUUGAAAGGCGUCUCUUGCGUGAUGAUGAGGAAAGUGAGAAAAAGCUAGAUAAGAGCCGUUGGUCUAUGAAUCUCGAUGCAUUGUGCUGGAUGAUAGCAGACAGAGCAUAUAUGGGUGCUUUCCCGCAGCCUUCUAGUGUUCUGAAGACUCUGGAGUUCUUGUUGUCUAUGUUGCAGUUGGCGAACAAAGAUGGCCGUGUUGAAGAGGCCACACCAACUGGAAAGGGGCUCUUAUCUAUUGGAAGAGGAAACAGGCAACUUGAUGCUUAUAUACAUGCAAUUUUAAAAAAUACAAACCGGAUGAUUACUUUCUGCUUCCUUCCUUCAUUCUUGAUAAACAUAGGAGAAGACACACUACUUUCAGGUUUAAGCUUGCAUACUGAGUGCAAGAAGAGAGUUCUUAUUAUGUACUCAUCACCAGAAGAUAGCGGAGUUGAUAUUUCCACAGUGUUGCAGCUGCUAGUUGCAAACAGGCAGAUAAUAUUCUGUCCUAGCAAUAUUGACACUGAUAUAAAUUCCUGUCUUUGCAUAAACCUAAUUUCUCUUCUCCGCGAUCAUAGGCGGAAUGUACAAAGCAUGGCUGUUGAUAUUUUGAAAUAUCUUUUGGUGCACCGCCGGGCUGCACUUGAAGACUUGCUUGCCUCUAAACCGAAUCAUAGAUCGGCUCAUGAUGUUCUUCGUGGUGGUUUUGACAAGCUUUUGACUGGAAACUUAUCUACAUUUUUUGAGUGGCUUCAUUCUUCUGAGCAAGAGGUUAAUAGAGUUCUGGAACAGUCAGCUGCCUUGAUGUGGGCUCAGUAUAUCACAGGGUCAACAAAGUUUCCUGGAGUGAGGAUUAAAGCAAUUGAUAGUCGUCGUAAGAAAGAGAUUGGAAGAAAAUUGAAGGACACCUCAAAACUAGAUGCUAAGCACUGGGACCAGAUUAAUGAGCGAAGAAUUGCCCUUGAAUUAGUUCGUGAUGCAAUGGCUACUGAACUAAGAGUUAUUCGCCAGGAUAAGUAUGGGUGGGUAAUGCAUGCUGAAAGUGAGUGGCAAAGUCAUCUCCAACAACUUGUACAUGAGCGAGGAAUAUUUCCAGUGAGCAAAUUUUUCUCCGGUGAAGAACCCGAGUGGCAACUUUGCCCCAUCGAAGGUCCAUAUAGGAAGCGCAAGAAGCUUGAGCGCCGCAAAUUGAAAGUUGAGACUAUUCAGAAUGUCCUGAAUGGACAAUUUGAGUUAGGGGAGCUAGAAUUGUCGAAGGAGAAGACUGAGGCUGACCUGAACACUUCUGAUACUGAAUCAGACUACUUCUUCAAUCUUCUAACUGAUAACCCUCAACAGGAUACCUUUGGUUGUGAUCUUUAUGAUGAAUCAGUCUUCAAAGAGACCGACGAGUUCAAGGAUGCAGCCUCGAGUAAAGCUGGAUGGAAUGACCAUGAUAGCAGUGUCAAUGAAGCUAGUCUGGGCUCUGCUGCAGAGUUUGGCAUAAAAUCCAGUGCUGCUUCCGUCCAGAAAGCUGAGAGCAUACAUGGAAGAUCUGAUCUUGGAUCUCCAAGGCAAUCAAUGUCUAUAAGAACUGAUGAUGCUAGGGUGUCCGGGGAUAAAUCCGAGAAGGAAUUAAAUGAUAAUGGUGAAUAUUUGAUCAGACCAUACUUGAAACCUCUUGAGAAGAUAAGGUACAAAUAUAACUGUGAAAGAGUGGUGGGCCUUGACAAGCAUGAUGGCAUUUUUCUGAUUGGGGAACUCUCUCUGUAUGUCAUUGAGAACUUUUAUAUUGAUGAAUCUGGUUGUAUAUGUGAAAAAGAAAGUGAAGAUGAUCUUUCAGUCAUUGAUCAAGCUUUGGGUGUUAAGAAAGAUUUCUCUUGUAGUAUGGAUUCACAUUCUAAAUCAAGUUCGUGGGCUGUGACAGCAAGGACUUAUGUUGGGGGUAGGGCAUGGGCAUACAAUGGUGGUGCCUGGGGGAAAGAAAACGUUAGCAGUAAUGGCAAUGUGCCACACCCUUGGCGCAUGUGGAAGCUUGAUAAUGUCCAUGAAAUUUUGAAGCGUGAUUACCAACUUCGCCCUGUUGCAGUUGAGAUUUUUAGCAUGGAUGGUUGCAAUGACCUUCUGGUUUUCCACAAAAGAGAAAGAGAGGAAGUUUUCAAAAAUAUGGUAGCCAUGAAUCUCCCAAGAUCUAGCAUGUUGGACACAACAAUUUCAGGUUCAAUGAAGCAGGAAAGCAAUGAAGGGAGUCGCCUCUUUAAGGUUAUGGCUAAAUCGUUCUCAAAGAGGUGGCAGAAUGGGGAAAUAAGCAAUUUCCAGUACCUCAUGCACCUCAACACUCUCGCAGGUCGUGGAUACAGUGACCUUACCCAGUAUCCGGUGUUCCCUUGGGUUCUUGCUGAUUAUGAGAGUGAGAGUCUUGACUUGACGAAUCCCAAAACUUUCCGGAAGCUUGCCCAACCAAUGGGUUGUCAAACAGAAGAAGGGGAAGAAGAGUUCAAAAGAAGAUAUGAGAGCUGGGAUGAUCCCGAGGUUCCCAAGUUUCAUUAUGGUUCUCAUUAUUCUAGUGCUGGAAUUGUUCUUUUCUACCUCAUCCGACUACCACCUUUUAGUGCUGAGAAUCAAAAACUCCAAGGUGGACAGUUUGAUCAUGCUGACCGCCUUUUUAACAGUAUAAAGGAUACUUGGUUAAGUGCUGCUGGGAAAGGCAACACAUCUGAUGUUAAGGAACUGAUUCCAGAAUUCUUCUAUUUGCCGGAAUUUCUGGAGAACAGGUUCAAUCUUGAGUUGGGCGAGAAACAGUCGGGGGAAAAGGUUGGUGAUGUUGUUUUACCUCCAUGGGCCAAAGGCAGUGCUAGAGAGUUCAUCAAGAAGCACAGGGAAGCUCUGGAGUCUGAUUAUGUUUCUGAAAACUUGCACCACUGGAUUGACCUAAUCUUUGGGUGUAAACAGAGGGGGAAGGCUGCUGAAGAAGCUGUAAAUGUUUUCUAUCAUUACACUUAUGAAGGCAGUGUAGAUAUCGACUCAGUAACCGAUCCAGCAAUGAAAGCUUCAAUUCUUGCACAAAUCAAUCACUUUGGCCAGACGCCAAAACAACUGUUCCUCAAACCCCAUGUGAAAAGGCGAGCCGACCGAAAACUCCCCCCACACCCGCUAAAGCAUUCUUUGCAUCUUGUCCCACAUGAGAUCCGUAAGACCGCAUCUUCCAUUUCUCAGAUUGUCACUGUCAAUGACAAAAUCCUUGUGGCCGGCAAAAACACCUUCUUGAAACCCAGGACGUAUGCCAAGUACGUCUCAUGGGGAUUCCCUGACCGCAGCUUGAGGUUCAUGAGCUAUGACCAAGACAGGCUUCUUUCCACGCAUGAAAACCUCCACGGCGGCUACCAGAUACAGUGUGUUGGGGCCAGCCUUGACGGCCGGCUUCUGGCCACUGGAGGUGACGAUGGGUUGGUUUGCAUUUGGAGAGUGUGCAAAGACGGCGGGCCCCGUGCCCUUAGACGACUUCAUCUUGAGAAGGCCCUUUGUGCGCACACGAGCAGAAUCACGUGCCUUCACGUUAGCCAGCCUUACAUGAUGAUAGUGAGUGGGUCUGAUGAUUGUACCGUCAUAGUGUGGGAUCUUAGCUCCAUGGCUUUCGUCAAGCAGCUUCCUGAGUUUCCCUCCCCUGUUUCUGCAAUUUUUGUGAACGACUUAACCGGGGAAAUCGCAACCGCCGCCGGAACUCUGCUGGCCGUAUGGAGCAUCAACGGGAACUGCCUUGCUGUCGUCAACGCCUCACAACUUCCCUCUGACUCUAUUCUCUCCCUUUCCGGCAGUAUGAGUUCUGACUGGAAUGAAACUAACUGGUAUGUCUCCGGCCACCAGAGCGGGGCAAUAAAGGUGUGGAAAAUGGUACACUGCUCAAGCAAGGAGUGUAGUCAGGGCAGUGGUGGGAACCCAGGGGCGGCGGCGGCGGGGUUGAAGCUCGCCGGUGACGAAAAAUCUCAGCCGGAGUACAUAUUAAUACUCCACAAGGUGUUGAAGUGCCAUAAGCAUGCCGUCACAGCUCUCCACCUCACCCAUGAUCUGAAACAGUUGCUGAGUGGGGAUUCCGCCGGGCACCUCCACUCCUGGACACUGCCGGAAGAGAGGCUGAAAGCCGUCGCCAACCAGGGGUAAUUUUGGGAUCUCCCUGCACCUGAGUUCUCUCUUCUUUUUUGUUUUUGUUGACUUUAUUAUGGCGGGGGGAAGUGGUCAAAGAGUGUGAGGACUUGAGGCUGAUGAUUGUUGUGCAUAUAACAUAUAUUUAUAUAUAUAUAGUAAAACAACAGAAGGCGCCCCAUGUGUAUAGUAAUGAGGUUUGUAUAGGCUCUUCUUUUUUUUGUCUUUCUAUUUGGUUAGUGUUUCCCAGGUUUAGGGCAUGUUGUAUAAGUGGCUCAGUCCUUCGGACUCUCAAUUUAAUUUGUCAAAGUGUCAUUAAUUGUUGAUUGAUUCUGGGAAAUGCUAAUUU